UUCUUCCUGAAUGUAGCCUCUCGCCCUGGCCAAGGUGUUGGGUGGAGGUUUGUGGUGCUGGAGGAACAGCUAGUUUUCUUGUGCAGAAGGAAUCCCUCCUGCCCUGUCUGAGCGGGAGCCAGGAGGGGCACACAGGGCGCUCCGCGACAGAGCCGCGAAGUUCAUCCCGUGCAUCCCCCCUGCAUCUCCCCCUUGGCACAUUAGCAUGCAGGGUCGGCUCUGCGCGUAUUUAACGACUCCAGUUGCUCCGUCAGCGCACACCGCCCUCCUCCAGCCGCGCUCCGCUGCCCGGAGCCCCCCGCUCCCGGCUCAGCCCGGCCGCGGCCGCCCGGCGGACCCGGGCCCGGGGCCGUGCCGAGCCGGGCUGGGCAGCGAGGGGAAGCUGCGAGCGCCGCUGGAAGGGGAGGGCGCAGCGCGGAGCGAGCCCAGGCCAGAGAGGCAGGGAGAGCCUCGGCAGCAGCGAGGGAGAAGCUGUUUAGUCAUCUCUCUAUAUAUACUUUCGCAAUGAUGAUCGCAUUUGCUGAUUGCUUCUGACUGCAUUUAGAGAGGGAGUCGAGAAGCAGGCAGCACAGCUCACCUUUUAUCCUGAGGAGUUCCCGGCCCCCUUCCUCCCCGUUCCCCAGAUUUAGCCCUGCUUCUGGGCGUCGGGUGUCCUUCCCUUCCAGAUGGAACUGCCCUGACUCCCAGCAGGUCCCAGCAGCACCCCAAGCCUCGUCUCCAGUAAGGCGGCCCGGGCUCGUCAUGGCAGCAGGAGUGGCGGCGUGGCUGCCCUUCGCCAGGGCGGCUGCCAUAGGAUGGAUGCCAGUGGCCAACUGCCCCAUGCCACUGGCUCCAACGGAGAAGAACAAGAGGCAGGAUGAGCUGAUCAUCCUCAAUGUGAGUGGCAGGCGUUUCCAGACCUGGAGGACUACACUGGAGAGGUACCCGGACACUCUCCUGGGCAGCACGGAGAAGGAGUUCUUCUUCAACGAAGACACCAAGGAGUACUUCUUUGACCGGGACCCCGAGGUCUUCAAGUGCAUCCUCAAUUUUUACAGAACGGGCAAGCUGCACUACCCCAGGUACGAGUGCAUCUCUGCCUACGACGAAGAGCUCGCCUUCUACGGGAUCCUCCCCGAGAUCAUCGGGGACUGCUGCUACGAAGAGUACAAGGACAGGAAGCGGGAGAACGCGGAGCGGCUGAUGGAUGACAACGACUCGGAGAACAACCAGGAGGGCUCCAUGCCCUCGCUGAGCUUCCGGCAGACCAUGUGGCGAGCCUUCGAGAACCCCCACACCAGCACCUUAGCCUUAGUCUUUUACUACGUCACCGGGUUCUUUAUCGCCGUCUCUGUGAUCACCAACGUGGUGGAAACCGUGCCCUGCGGCACCGUGCCGGGGAGCAAGGAGCUGCCCUGCGGGGAGCGCUACGCCGUGGCUUUCUUCUGCCUCGACACGGCGUGCGUGAUGAUCUUCACCGUCGAGUACCUGCUGAGGCUCUUCGCGGCGCCGAGCCGCUACCGCUUCAUCCGCAGCGUGAUGAGCAUCAUCGACGUGGUGGCCAUCAUGCCCUACUACAUCGGCCUGGUGAUGACCAACAAUGAGGACGUCAGCGGAGCCUUUGUCACGCUAAGGGUUUUCAGGGUUUUCAGGAUUUUCAAGUUCUCCCGCCAUUCCCAAGGCCUGAGAAUCUUGGGCUACACUUUGAAGAGCUGUGCCUCCGAGCUUGGCUUUCUCCUCUUUUCCCUCACUAUGGCAAUCAUCAUCUUUGCAACUGUGAUGUUUUAUGCGGAGAAAGGGUCCUCGGCAAGCAAAUUUACCAGUAUUCCUGCUUCCUUUUGGUACACUAUUGUAACCAUGACAACGCUGGGCUACGGGGACAUGGUGCCCAAGACCAUCGCGGGGAAGAUCUUUGGCUCCAUCUGCUCGCUCAGCGGGGUGCUGGUCAUCGCCCUGCCCGUGCCCGUCAUCGUCUCCAACUUCAGCCGCAUCUACCACCAGAACCAGCGCGCCGACAAGCGCCGGGCGCAGAAGAAGGCGCGCCUGGCGCGGAUCCGCGUGGCCAAGACGGGCAGCUCCAAUGCCUACCUGCACAGCAAGCGCAACGGGCUGCUCAACGAGGCCCUGGAGCUCCCGGGAUCCACCGAAGAGGAGCAGCACAUGACUAAAGGCACCUCCUUAAUCGAGAGCCAACACCACCAUCUGCUGCACUGCCUGGAGAAAACCACGGGAUUGUCCUAUCUUGUGGAUGAUCCCCUGUUAUCUGUACGAACUUCCACCAUCAAGAACCACGAGUUCAUCGACGAGCAGCUGUUCGAGCAGAACUGCCUGGAGGGCUCCAUGCAGAACUACCCCUCGUCCCGGAGCCCCUCGCUGGCCAGCGCCCGCGGCCUGGGCACCUCGUGCUGCUCGCGGCGCCACAAGAAGAGCACGCACCUGCCCAACUCCAGCGUGCCCGCCACGCGGCUGCGGAGCAUGCAGGAGCUCAGCACCAUCCACAUCCAGUGCAGCGAGCAGCCCUCGCUCAGCGCCAGUCGUUCCAGCCUCAACAUGAAGGCGGACGACGGGCUGAGGCCGAACUGCAAAGGCGCGCAGAUCACCACGGCCAUCAUCAGCAUCCCCACGCCGCCGGCGCUGACCCCCGAGGCCGAGAGCCGGCCCGGCCCGGGCAGCCCCGCCACGAACGCUCCCGGCGCCGCCGCCAGCGUCGUCAAGGUCUCGGCCUUGUGACCGGCCCGGCGGCACCGGGCUGCGGCGGCACCGGCACCGGGACCGGCUGCGGGACCGGCA